AUGAACAACCGAGAAACACGGAGGCAAGCACAUGGGAAGAAUGGCAAGAAGGGAAUGAGUCUCUUUAUGUCGGAUGAUUAUGAAGCCAUAAAGGAGAGGACUCAUAAUUGUGAGAAUGGUGAACAGAGUACCCAACGAAGAAUGAGCGACCUGUCUGGGUUCCACGUUGAACCCCACAAACAGCCAAAUAUUGACACGUUUUCCAAAAUAAGAAAUACCAUACACCAGGUGGUAGGGUUCUCGAAUGACUCAUCAACAGAGUCAAAGGUCGAAGCAGAAGAAGCCAAGCCAAAGUUCUCCAUUAGGCGCUUGUUCCUCUCUUUUUCUGCAAAGCGUCAUUUAACCUUUCAAGCUCCCUAG